UGAACAGAUGAAACCUACUUUUGCUGAGAUAAAACAAAAUUCAUAUGGCUCAACAACUAAUAAGUUAUCGACAAUAUGGUCAAAAGAUGGAGGUUGUCCUUCUGGGACUGUUCCCAUCAAGAGAAUUACAAAGGACGAUCUUAUAAGACAAAGAAAUAUGCCACCACUAGAACCUGCCAACUUUGACGAUGAAUUUGUAAUCGUAAGAUAUUUUAUGAACAAUUUAAUACUUUUACUUGAAGAUUUUAUAAACAAGUAUAUAAUUAAUUUCAAAUAUUGUGGCAAAAACUCAUACAUUGCAAUACAUCCAUUGCAGAGCAAUAACAAUAUUGAGCAAAAGGGAAGCUACUACCAAUUUAAUGGAUAUAAGCGCGCAAUAGCUCGACCACAAUACGAUCCAAAGUUAACAAAGUUUUCAGGAGCUGGAAUGGCAACUAGUUUGUAUAAUCCUCAUGUUGAAGGUCAACAACAUAGCGCGUGUCGACUAAAAAUUCGAAAUGGAUCGGAUAUCUUACAAGUUGGUUGGAGAGUGGAUCCAACACUAUACGGAGAUAAUAAUACUAGACUUUACGUACAUUACCAGACAGGUGAAACUCAUUGUUUCAAUACAUUAUGUCCCGGCUUUGUGUCUGUACGUACCGACAUACCUCUUGAUAUGACAUUUGGGGACAAUCUUUCACAACGUGGAGGGAGCACAAGGGAGGUUGAUUUAUACAUUUAUAGGGAUAUGGGCGUUGGAAACUGGUGGCUUUUAUAUGGAGCAGACUAUACACAAGUUGGGUUUUGGCCACAUGAUAUCUUAAAUGAAUUGAAAGGUUUUGCUACGAAUGUUGAUUGGGGAGGAGUUAUAUAUAAUCCACCAGGUCUACCAGAACCUCCAAUGGGCUCGAGCUUUUAUCCUACCGGAAAUAGUAGUUUUGAUGCUUAUUGUAGGAAUAUCGCGGUUUCAAAUGAGGAUGGAGAUUCAGUUGGAAUAUAUAGUAUAGUCUGGCUUACUGAAAAUAAAUUUGCUUACAAGAUUCAAUUCGAUACAAUAUUGGAAGGGUCAAAUACUUUUACUUAUGUUUUUUAUGGUGGACCUGGUAUUAGUAAUCCAUGAAUAUAAUAUUUUUUAAGUACUCAAAUCCUAUAUAAAAAUAUUUAUGUUCAACGUCUAAAAAUAUCGCGCUUUCUCGAUAAAUGUGUAUAUUUGAA